AUGUACUCGGGGAACAGCAGCGGCGAGGGCGACAGGACUGGCAGCGGCGGCAGCCUGAAGCCGGGGAAACGGGACGCCGAGCAGCAGCAGGCGGCCGAAGACGUGGGGCCACCCUUCAGCGCCAGCACCUACGAGCUGCUGGCCCUGCUGAUCGCCACCAUCGGCCUGCUGGGCUUGUGCAACAACCUGCUGGUGCUGGUGCUCUACGCCAAGUUCAAGCGGCUCCGCUCGCCCACCAACCUCUUCCUGGUCAACAUCAGCCUCAGCGACCUGCUCGUCUCGCUCUUCGGCGUCAGCUUCACCUUCUUCUCCUGCCUCCGCAGCCGCUGGGUCUGGGACGACGCCGGCUGCGUGUGGGACGGCUUCAGCAGCAGCCUCUUCGGAAUUGUUUCAGUUAUGACUCUCACUGUUCUGGCCUACGAACGUUACAUUCGAGUAGUGCACGCAAGAGUGAUUGACUUUUCAUGGUCCUGGCGGGCUAUCACGUACAUCUGGCUCUAUUCGUUAGCGUGGACAGGAGCACCUCUACUGGGCUGGAACCACUAUACGCUGGAGAUACAUGGUCUAAGUUGCUCACUGGACUGGAGGUCAAAAGAGCCCAACGAUGCUUCGUUUGUUCUCUUUUUCUUUCUUGGUUGCCUGGUGGUUCCUGUUGUGAUCAUGGCCUACUGCUAUGGACAUAUUCUCUAUGCAAUACGGAUGCUUCGUUGUGUCGAAGAUUUACAGACUGUCCAAGUGAUCAAAAUCCUGAGAUAUGAAAAGAAAGUAGCCAAAAUGUGUUUUCUAAUGAUAACCACGUUUUUCAUUUGUUGGAUGCCAUAUGCAGUGAUCUCUCUUCUGAUGGCCUAUGGGUAUGGUCACCUUAUAACUCCAACAGUGGCUAUUAUCCCUUCUUUCUUUGCCAAAUCAAGCACUGCAUACAACCCUGUUAUUUAUAUCUUCAUGAGCAGAAAGUUUCGAAGAUGCCUUCUGCAGCUCUUCUGUGUUCGCCUCCUGAAAUUCCAAAGGACCUUGAAAGACAGGCCAGCAGUAGAGAGUGAAAGGCCAAUAAGGCCCAUAGUCAUGUCCCAGAAAGCAGGGGACAGGCCCAAGAAGAAAGUGACUUUCAGCUCUUCUUCCAUCAUUUUCAUUAUCACCAGUGAUGAUGUGCAACCGAUAGAAAAUGGUACCAAACAUGUGGGCACAAAGGUCAAUGUAAUCCAAGUGAAGCCACUAUAGCAGGCUAUAUUCCACUGCUGUUGAAAGCAAAGUGGACUUUUGCCAACCAAAUUGCUUUGGUUAAUCAUUCCUCUUGGGCUGGUUAUCUGUGGCACAAUUAAGAAGA